AUGACAUGGACGAACGGCACAAAAGACGACGUGGGCAAGGUGCCCGUCAAGACUCGCGAGGUCCGCAACGCCCACCUGGACUCGACAGUCUGGAACGACGUCAAGCUGAGGCCCGACGAUAUUGUCAUCUCGACGUUUGCAAAGUCGGGCACGACGUGGACGCAGCAGAUUGUAUCCCAGCUGCUGCACCAGGGCGAUCCGACCGUCGCAGCGGGCCCCCUGUCUCCAUGGGUCGACUUUCGCAUCGUGCCCCGAGCUGCCAUGCUGGACAUGGUCGAGGCGCAGACGCACCGACGUUUCCUAAAGACGCACCUGCCCCGGGACGCCAUGGUCUGGGACCCCAAGGUCAAGUACCUCUUCAUCGCCCGCGACGGGCGCGACACGAUCUGGAGCUUGCACCACCACUUCCGCAGCGCGACGCCCGCCUUCUACGCCCUCUUUGAGAACGUGGACGACGACGGCCCUGCCAUACAGCGGCCCAGCGAGAACCCGCGCGACCUCUUCAUCGACCUGCUCGAGGACGACACGGGCACCACGCUCGCCGGGCCCUUUUGGGCCCACAUCCGCGGCUGGUGGGAGGUGCGCCACCAGCCCAACCUGCUCCUCGUCCACUUCAACGACCUCAAGGCCGACCUGGAGGGCAGCAUGCGCCGCAUCGCCAAGUUCCUCGAGAUCCCGGACAUGCCCGAGGACAGGUUCCAGGCGGCCGUCGAGCACUGCACCUUUGACUGGAUGAAGGAGCACGCCGAGAUGGCGGCGCCGCCGCUGGCCGAGAUGGCCUGGGAGAAUGGUGCCAAGGGUUUUAUCAACAAAGGCACCAACUCGCGCUGGAAGAACGUCCUCUCGGAGGAAGACAACAAGCGGUACCAGGCCAAGGCGCGCGAGGAGCUCGGCGAGGAGUGCGCGACCUGGCUGCAGAGCGGUGGCAUCAAUUACUAG